AUGGAGAUAAACCAGGUGGCUUUCAGGGAAGGACUGGAGUUAGAGGAAAGUGAUGUCAGGCACUUAGCACACGACAACACAGGGAGCAGACAGUCCAGGACUGGCUCCAGAAGGAUAAACCUGAUUCAAGAAUCUGUGUUGCAACAAGAAGUCACAACACAAAGGAGCCAGGACACUCUCAAUAAUAUGACAGCCAUGAUGCAAUGGCAGGUCAACAGGCAGUUCAGGAAGGACUGUGAGGCUGCCAUAGCCAAAAUUCCAAAUCCGGAUGCUGUAGUCCAGCAGCUAGACCUUCCCUAUGGUCCCCUACCAGAAUUGGCAUGGCCAUAUCAAGAGAAUCCUCUUAUUGCACAGAUAGCUGGGAUGCCAGAACGUGGGGAAAUUCAGGCUAGACAAAGGGGAGGAGCCCUUCCUGUCCAAGAGCGUCAGGCCCUAGUCCGACCGGAAGGCCCUGCACCAGGACGGAUUCAGCAGAACCAGCCAGAGCCUCAACCUAUUCCACAACCCGUGGCCCCACAAGAUCAACCUUUGGCACUUCUGCCUGAACCACCAGCAGUGUUGCCCGACAAACCCAAAAGGAUGGAUCCCAAUCCAUUCCCUCCACCCGCAAGAGGAAGGAGAGGCAGAGGGGGAAACUACCCUUUUGCUAACAAUGACAGGAACAGGCAGGGGGCAAAUUGGAGGAACCACCCAGAUCUGGAAGAACAGGAAGAACACAGGGAAGAAGUUCUGCCUAGGCCAUACAGGGCGGAACCCAGGAUUGACUACGCCCAACCAGAAUAG